AUGUCGACUGACAAGAAAUUUGCAAGUGAAGAACUUCUGUCACAAAAGUGGGACCACGUUAUUAGCAACUUUGUGGUCAAGACCGGUCUCGGCCUCAGUGCCGGUAUUGUCUUGUCAGCAUUAUUUUUCAAGAAACGUAGCUGGCCCAUUGCCAUCUCUACAGGCUGGGGCUUUGGUGUUGCCUACGCAGAUGCACAGCGCGUCUUCCAUCCUUCCAACGUGCCCGGUGUACGAUUUGAAAAACAAAAACCGACUGCUUAG